UCACCAGCUCACACGUGACCGCAAUGGCUGCUUGUCAGUUCGUUGCAGUGCAUCAUUCCUCUGCCGCCCUGCGAAUGUAGCCUUGACUACAUCAGUGCUCUCGCUUCUUUGAACUGUCGGUGCAGACACUACCACCCGCCGAAACGAAAUUCCUCUACAAAAUCAGCAGAACAGCUCACCGGCUGAGAAGAAGAACAACAUUCGGGGAGAGAAAUUAAAGCGUCUCUGGGUUCAACUUCCACCAACCAACACAGCGGUAGGAGGAGUCAACAGGUGUUUCUCUCUGGUGUGGUGCUGUUCCUGCGACUGUCUGACGAGAUUUAAGACUGAGAAAUCCAGCAGCAGGUCACCGUGUUGGACUGACUCGCUCUGAUAGGUUUGACCCGAGAGCAUUUUGUGACCUCUGGAGCACCGCGUCUCGAUUCCUCUUGCGUCACAUCGUCUUGGUCAGUCCUCUCGAAUACUGGGGGUUUGGAGUGAGCUCAGGUCCCAGUGAAGAGUUGAAACACUCCGCUGCUGCUUCAGAACAUCCCUGUCAAACAGUGCUGGAAUAUACUGCCUUACUUCUAUUCAAAGAAAACUUUGGGAUCGUAUCCAGAGAGUUGCAUAACACCAAAACAAACCUGUGAGCCGUACACCACUGUGAUCGAAUGGCGUCAUAACCACUCUCACACACACCCUGGAUCACCAAUCAUUAAUCUGUCUCUGUCUUACAGCCACAAUAGUAAGCACCCAAUCAGACAAUCGUAGACAAAGCUCUCCUAGUUGGAUUACCAAAGUAGAUCAUGAUGGGAAAGUAGACAUCCGGCAUCACGGAUAGCCUGCACAGAGGUCUGGGACUCAGUGUUGUAUCUGAGCGUACCAUGUCUGGAAACGGCAACCCUUGCCCCAGUCCUUUAGGGGGCUUCCCUAUGCCGCACUACCCUUACUUCUUUCCACAUAUGCUAGGAGGGCUCUCCCCUCCAUCACUUCCAGGACUUCCUGUCAGUGGAUACAGCACUCCAUCUCCUGCAACUGUGGAGACCCAGAGCACAAGCUCGGAGGAGAUCGUACCCAGCCCACCCUCUCCGCCACCUCCCCCACGGAUCUACAAACCUUGUUUCGUCUGCCAGGACAAGUCCUCGGGCUACCACUAUGGAGUCAGCGCAUGUGAAGGGUGCAAGGGCUUUUUUCGAAGGAGCAUUCAGAAGAACAUGGUGUACACCUGCCACAGAGAGAAGAGCUGUAUCAUCAACAAGGUCACGCGGAACCGCUGCCAGUACUGCCGGCUGCAGAAAUGCCUGGAAGUAGGCAUGUCUAAAGAAUCGGUUCGAAACGACCGGAACAAGAGGAAGAAGGACGAGAAGAAGCAGGAGUGUUCAGAGAGUUACGUUUUAAGUCCUGAUACAGAGCAGAUGAUCGAGCGGGUGAGGAAGGCCCAUCAGGAAACCUUCCCCUCCCUCUGUCAGCUUGGCAAAUACACCACAAACAACAGUUCAGACCAGAGGGUCGCUCUGGACGUUGACCUGUGGGACAAAUUCAGCGAACUUUCUACCAAAUGCAUCAUUAAAACGGUCGAGUUUGCCAAGCAGCUGCCCGGCUUCACCACGCUCACUAUCGCAGAUCAGAUCACUCUCUUAAAGGCCGCCUGUCUUGACAUCCUGAUUCUGCGAAUAUGUACACGCUACACACCGGAUCAGGACACCAUGACAUUUUCAGAUGGUCUGACACUGAAUCGCACGCAGAUGCACAACGCCGGCUUCGGUCCACUGACAGAUCUGGUGUUCGCUUUUGCCAACCAGCUCCUGCCUCUGGAGAUGGAUGAUGCAGAGACUGGGCUUCUCAGUGCCAUCUGUCUGCUGUGUGGAGAUCGCCAGGAUCUGGAGCAGGCAGAUAAGGUAGAUGUGCUUCAGGAGCCGCUGCUCGAGGCCCUAAAGAUCUACGUGAGGAAGAGGAGACCUCACAAACCACACAUGUUCCCCAAGAUGCUGAUGAAGAUCACAGACCUCAGGAGCAUCAGCGCUAAAGGAGCGGAACGGGUAAUAACGCUGAAAAUGGAGAUCCCUGGCUCCAUGCCUCCACUCAUUCAGGAGAUGCUGGAGAAUUCGGAGGGCCUGGAAGGAGGCAGUGGGGCGAGAGGAGGAGGAGGAGGAGGUGCACCACCAGGAAGCUGCAGCCCCAGUCUGUCUCCCAGCUCGGCACACAGCAGCCCCUCAGCUCACUCCCCCUGACUCUCACCUUCAGACAGGGCUCCGUACGGAACCAGAAAUAAACCAGAGCCAGAGACCCAAAUCCCGGUAAGACUUUGACCGGACCCGAAUUGAACCGUAAAUCUGGCUGGCUUUUAUUAGCUGAAGACCAAUUGAGUUACACACGGGCCGAGCCUGAACAAAACUCACACCGUCCUUUAAACCCACUAGUGAUUCAGUGACGAGCUUUUUACGUGGCGGUGGUUCAAGACGACAGCAGAACAAAUGCCCUGUGUGUGUGUGUGUGUGUGUGUGUGCGCAGAAGCAACUCUUUACUGUGUCUUCCCGGCUCUGCUCCCGUCACACAGACUGUGAAGGACUCUCAGCCAGUGACGUUCUUUUAUAAACUUCAAUCCCUUAACGCAAGCUAAAGGACAUUAGGACGUCAAAUGUCCACAAGUCAGGGACAUUUUGAACUUUCCAGCUGUUUUGAUUCUGUUUCUUUGUUUUCUUACAAAAGAUAUAUGAAUAUAUGAAAUCUAUAUUGACAGAAAUAUGAGAUUUUUUUUGUCUUAGGUGGAAUGCAGAACAAUUCUUAUCUUUUCUCUCACUUUUCUUAAGAGUUGAACACGAUUAUGGUCGACCCACUGUUGCGCUCACUCCAAGAUUCACAUCAUCACGCUCGAGGGCACGUCGCACUAGCACUGAAAACGAUGCGUGUACUUCAAGACGUGAAGUACGAUGAGGUUAAAAUGCAAUUGAUUUGGAGCUAUAUUAGACUUCAAAAGAAUGAUCAACUCGGCAGUUUGUGGCAAUGAAAUGAAGUAUGUCAACAAGCAGCUUGUGAUCGAUAGAUGUGUAUGAGAUCUGUUUUAAAAGGAGCAGUAAAUGCCUUCCUGUAGCUUUUUAAUAUUGUUUCUUAAUUUACUUUUAAUUUUGUAAUUGUCAAUUGUGGAAUGACACGGAUACCCCCUUCUACACAGUAUUAGCAGCAGCUUAUAAAAUAAAAAAGGAGAUUUCCAAACAUGAAGACUCACAAAGAACACAAGAUGUAUUUUCAGCUGAACGCUCGUCUGAAAACCACCACAUCGUUUUACAAGUAUUGAGAAUGUUGUAACUGAGCAUUUCACACGAAAGUUUUUUUUUUUUCCUUUUUUCCUGCAUCUCAAUUUUGAAGCCAUGUUAAAUGGUAGGUUUGUGUUUCUAAUCAUCCGUCACGUGUGCCGAGAUGCUUGCACCGUCUCGUCGUCUCUGUACCUUACAACAUCGCUGCCUCUGCUCUCCUGCAACAAUCAUUGAACACUUGUCAACAACAACACUGCCUCUGUGUGACAAUCACUUUAAUUAAUGUUCACAAACAACUCUGCCUCUGUAACACACUGAUCCCUGCCAUACAUCUGGAUUCAUGAGACCGCUAGCUUUCACUGAUGUGUGUACACACCUGUCCCGGUAUCUGAAAGGUCUGAAUUCACAAUUACGAGCGUUGUUUAGAAAUUUUAUAUUAAAAUUAGACAUUCUUGUAUUACUGUGAUCAUUUCUAAAAGAUUAGUCUUUCGUUUUAGUUUUUAUUGCCAAAAGUGAAAACUAUUUGGUUUUUAUUUAGACAAAUAAAAUUAAUUUUACUCAACCUCAUUUUGUUCCGAAUUUGGAUGUUUGAAACUACUACUUUUUUCCAUACUAUGAAAGUCAAUGGGGUCCAAUGUGGAUUUGAUCUCCACUUGACUAUCAUAUAAACAAAGAUGAUUUAUUCUUCAAAAUAUCUUUGAGUUCUACACACAGGUUUGGAAAAACAUGAGGAUGAGUCGGUGACACAAUUUUCAAUUUCGGAUGAAAUGGAUCAAUAAAAUGAAACCGCGUCUCUCCGUGCGAUCCAGUUAUGGCGGAUCAGUGUCAACAUGUCAUUAUUGUACCAGUUUACAACAGCUCUGCCUCUGCAUCACUUCUGCUAAACUCGUCGCAAGAGUCAGUGCUGUGGGUCGGAAAUGAUUUCCUCUUUAACAAGUUAAUCUGAGAGUGGGGUGUGAACGGUUUCACUGCAACUAUGCACAGAGCUCGAGUCUAUUCACUUCUAUCUAACUUUUGUGAAAAUCACACGCCUCUUCCAGUUGUUCAGUACCGUCCAUUUCAUUUGAUUCUGCAUUUACUCGCUGCCCAAAGGUUCAUCACUAUUGAGCCAUAGUGCGUCACAGCGCGACGGGCCUCUUUUCUCACUCGAAGGAUGACAAACGGAGAUCUACAUGACGUACAGCACAAACCCUGUUCUGCUUUAACAGUUGUUAUACAGUCAAACGCACAAAAUGUUUCUGUUGUGUCAGGUCCCUGGAUGAUAAGAGUAAUGGUUAAUAAAGAUUUCUGUUUUGUGUGUGUUCUGAC